GCCGGGAGGAGCCAGCGCCGCGCCGAAGCAUGCCGAGGCCCUGGGCCGCGCCGUGGCGCGGGCCGGCUCGGCGGGGCCGGCAGUGAGCGGGCGGCAGGAGCCGCCGCCGCCGCCACCAUGAAGAGCCCCCGGGAGGACGGGGAGCCGCCGCCAGUUGACUGCAUCCAGCUGAAAGUACCAGUCAUUCAGCAGCUCUACCACUGGGACUGUGGGCUGGCCUGCUCCAGGAUGGUGCUGCAGUACCUGAAUCAUUUGGACAAUGAUGAAUUUCAGAAAGCCAUCCAGGAACUCCAGCUAACAAAGAGUAUCUGGACUAUUGACCUGGCCUACCUAAUGCGGCACUUUGGUGUCAAGCAUAAGUUUUGCACCCAGACACUUGGAGUGGACAAGGGCUACAAAAAUCAGUCGUUUUACAGGAAGCACUUUGACACAGAAGAGAAUCGAGUGAAUCAGCUCUUUGCACAAGCCAAAGCCUGCAAGGUGCUGGUGGAGAAGUGCACAGUAACUGUUCAAGACAUUCAGAGCCACCUGUCUCAAGGUCACGUAGCCAUUGUCCUAGUGAACGCUGUCCUGCUGUUGUGUGACCUUUGCUCAAGUCCUGUCAAAUACUGCUGCUUCCUCCCCAUUGGACAGAAGUGCUUCUGCAGGAAUCCUGACUACCAGGGCCAUUUCAUUGUGCUAUGUGGCUACAACAAAGCCUCAGGGAGUAUUUACUACAACAACCCUGCCUAUGCUGACAGAACGUGCUGCACCAGCAUCAGUAACUUUGAGGAAGCCAGGACAAGUUAUGGCACUGAUGAAGAUAUUCUGUUCAUCUACACAGACAGCUGACAUCCACACAUGAUGCUCCUGGCCCUUUCCUGUGCAGCCUGCAUGGCAGCUGGCUGCUUGUCUCAGGACUGCCCCUGCAGAUACCUUGCUCCUGAACUGCAGUGGGAUCUUAAACAAGGGAGGCUUUAUAGACAUUGAUAGGACUAUAUUGCAAUGCUGUCUUUACCUUUUUUUCCUCAUGAUGUAUCUAAUUUUGCCUUGUAUGUCUGGUUUUUGUGUUUGGUUGGUUUUUGUUUGUUGUUGGGUUUUUUUUUCCCUCAACAUUGCACAUUUGACAGCAGUUUUAAAAUACGGCCCCAGAGCCUAAUUCACUUCAAGCUUAUUUUCAAAUUAAACAUGUGAGAAAAAAAGCAGCACGAAAUUUAUGAACUUUAAUACUUGGUAAUAAAUGCAUAGGUUUUAGCUAAACAGAAACAGGAGGGAAAAAAAGAGAAUACCUGUUUCUCUGUCAAAGCAUCAAGGGCUGACCUUCAUCCAAAAUCUAGGGAUUUGAGGCUCAGCAGGGUGUUAUGGAAGGAAAAAAUAUUAACUUAAAACCACUAUUAAAUUACAAAAAAAAGCCUUGCUGGCUCAUCAGGUCUGUGUUGUAGGAAUGAAACACAUUUACCCAAAUUUACCUUACACAAAUAGAGCAUUUAUGCCACUGCAUUCGGUUUUGAAUUAUAGUUAUUAAUGUUGUUCCCUUGUCCCACAGUCUUAAUCUCUUUUGGCUAAAUCCUCUAGGAUGACUGCUCAGAGCUCUGUGCUGCCCUAGAAGCAAAGAUAUUUUAUUUGUACCUACAAGUCUUGCUUUUUGCCAAAACCUCUGAGCAUUAUGCCACCCCCAUGUGCCAGUUUCUGCAGAAGCCAUUCCAAAUAUAAACUUUAAACUUCAGCCAGUGCAGAAAAUGAGCAUCUACACUAAUGGCAUGCAUUUUGUGUGUAAGUGUAAAUAUCUGACAGUGUAUAUUGGAUUCUAACUAAAAUGCUGAAUCAUUAUUUGAGCCAAAUUUUGCCAUUGGUAUUAGUUCAGAGACCUUCUAAGAAGAGCUGAAAUCAGUUAAGAAGAGGGAAUACAAGUAAAAAGGCAGGAACUAAUUUUCUAGCUUUUAUGCUACAGUAUAAGUAUUGGGCUUAAACUGGAGUUACCAUAUUCAGACAACAAGUGAAACUGUUAGCAGCCCAUUCUUAAUUCUUUCACAGUUUACAUGUGUUUAAUCACUUUGCUGAGAAGCGCUCUAAAGUGUAAGGAAUAGCCACUUACUUCAGAUUUCAUCCAUCACAAUUUCCUACAAGUCCUGAUCUCCAGUCCUGUCUGGGUUGAAGUGAGCAGAAAAAUCGAUACUGAUGUAAAGCUAGCACAAUUUUCUUUUGCACUUAAGACAGACAUCCUGCACAUCUGCCAUGGUGUGAGGAAAAGGAACUGCUCAAGUUCUAGAACUGUGUAAUAACAGCAGAAAGACACUGUUACUUAGUGGUGGAGAUAAUAGGAAUCUACUUUAAGCAUCGUAAAAUCUUUUGCUAAAGAGAAAGAUUUUCUUACCAGUUUUUGACAUACUGAAUAAGUAGCUGGAAAGCAUUCAGUAAGUAAUAUUAGUAGAAUUAAGAGUGCUCCUUUGCACAAACAAAUGGUAACAGACAUUUACAUGCAAUAACUGUUAAGAAGUCCUGAACAAAAAGUAUCUGACAAGAAAUUUUCAGUGUAUCAUAUUUUGCUUAUAAUUGGUGAAGCUGGAAUACAUUGCAAAAUGAGUAAAAAUUAGGAUGCGAUUUAUGAGUAGUAAACCCAGCACAUUAGUGCUUAUUAUGGAUAAGGCCUUCUGAUCAGAAGUCAGUCAGUCACCGGUAGGCUGAUGAUGUGGGAAUUUUUAUGCCCUAAGUCCAAAUUCAGGAUGUUUGAUUUGGAGAGGUUGUAUUAGCUAUGUUACUAAUUAACAGGCAUGUGUACUACAGGCCAAUAGAGUACUUUGUUAACCCCUGUGGUUUCAGGUAGGUAGUUCAUUCACUACCACUGAGCUGCCCCAGAUUUAUUUUAGAGGAGGCUUGGUUAGCUAAAUAAAAACAGUUCUUCAAAGGGCUUGUAACUGACAUUUAGCCUCUUACUGGUUUGGUUAUCCAAAUAUGAAUCUUGAGCUUAUGCAUAAAACAUGAACUUGAGAGCAUGCUAAGUGUUCUGAAGUGCACAGAUAGGUGUAACAGUAUUGACUCUUCAAUAUUUGGUACCCAGAGUUUAAAUACUUUAACAAAACUAAAAGAUAAAGAAACAAAGCUCUUUAAGCUAAUAGAGCCGGAGAGCUCCACUGCUGCAGCAGGAUCUCAUAGCUACCAAAAGCAGGGUAGCUAUGAAGGAUGAAAACGUAAGAAGCAAAAGCCAAGUGAAAAGGCUGAGUAUUUAUGACACAAAUUCAGAUUUAAAAGCAGUUCACUGCACAUCUGCAUUUUCUGAAACUUUGUUUCCCAUUACAAGACUGUCUAUCAAAAUACUCAUUCUGCAAAUGUCACUUUGUUUCCUUCAUGAUGUCAAUAGCAAAGUAAGGGGUAUUUUACUUGCAGGGAUUUUAUACAUAAAUAUAUUUUUAUUUGUAAUUAAGCCAUUCUCAAUAAAGGAUGAAAGUCACAGAUAACCCUGUAA